AACCGCAUCGCUGGCGCUGUCUGAAGGCGGCCGCCGACAUCCGCCGGUAGUACGAACGGGCCGGUCCCGGGGCCGUUCCUGGUGCCGGUCCCAGCGCGGCGGUGAGGACACACCUCCGCCCGAUGCUCCCCCAGCAGCCCCCAGUGCGGUGCAGCCCCGUGGUCGGUGCCCCAGCAUCUCCGCCCUGACCGGCGCAUCUCGCCAGAGAGAUGCCUGGGCAUUGGAAGCUCUCUGCAGCAUGCUGAGGAGACGUAACCUUCUUACCACGCUCCUGAUUGCCUUGCCAUGGGCUCUUCUCCUCACCUUGUGGCACCAGUACCCAACCACCCACUACCUCAGCCUACUGAGAAAAGAGACAGAUGAGAACGUGACCUCUAAAGCUCUCCUCAACGGUACCUCCGCACUGCGAGAAGAAGCCCUCCCAUCAUGCAUUCGGCAGCAGCAAAGCAUAGGGGCAACACCUAAAGUCAUCCACAGUUAUGUGUACUCCAGGCCUCCUCCAUGGUCAGACACCCUGCCAACCAUCUUCGUUAUCACCCCUACCUACACUCGGCCAGUGCAAAAAGCUGAGCUGACUCGUCUGGCCAACACCUUUCUACACGUACAGAACCUGCACUGGGUGGUGGUGGAGGACUCUCCCCGGAGGACCAACCUGGUAUCCAACUUGCUGGAGAAGGCAGGGCUCAAUUUCACCCAUCUCAAUGUGGAGACACCCAAGAGUCUGAAGCUAGGACUGUCCUGGAUCCCAUCCCAUACCCCAAGGGGCACACUACAGAGGAACCUGGGGCUGCACUGGCUGAGGAACAGCUUCAGCAACACUGCGCCACCAGAAGGGGUAGUGUAUUUUGCUGAUGAUGACAACACCUACAGCCUGGAGCUCUUUGAGGAGAUGCGCUACACGAGGAGGGUGUCGGUCUGGCCGGUGGCUUUCGUUGGGGGGCUGCGAUACGAGUCCCCAAAAGUGAGCCCAGCAGGGAAGGUGGUGGGCUGGAAAACCGUCUUUGACCCUAACCGACCCUUUGCUAUUGACAUGGCUGGCUUUGCUAUCAGCAUCAAGUUGAUUUUGGAGAAGCCCCAGGCCAGUUUCAAGCUGGAGGGAGUUAAAGGAGGCUACCAGGAAACCAGUCUGCUGAAGGAUCUAGUGACUAUGGAUGGGCUGGAGCCCAAAGCAGCCAACUGCACAAAGGUGUUGGUCUGGCACACAAGAACUGAGAGGCCCACUCUGGUUAAUGAAGGCAAGCGUGGAUUUACAGACCCCAGAGUAGAGGUGUAAGCAGAGAGCCAGCUCCAGGUAGGUAGCAAGCAGAGAUCCUGAAGUUUGCCAGCGAACCACAGAAGUUGUGCACCCUGCCUGCUCUGUCCAACCCUCUGCCCAACCCUUUGCUCCACUGCUGAAGGAUUAUAACCACCCCCAAAAAUGUCUCCAUGGCAAUCAGAUCCUGCUGCCUAAAAAGUGGUAACAGGCAGGGACAUAGAUGAAGUGGCGCCCUGCAAACCUAUAGCUCUUCACCUUUACCUUGAUGCAAAAUAUCCUGCUGCCCAUCCAGGAAAGCAGUGCUUCUUCUUCCCUGCAGGGUCUGUGUUUCUAACCACUCCUUAAAAUUUGUUAGAUGUCAUCUCUAUUCUCAGCUGCACCAGCAUAGAAGCUGAAAUCCAGGAUGGGUGCAGGUGCCUCUGAGGGUUUCUCCUGGCAUACCAUAAAACCUAAGCUUCAGUACAGCAACUGCAGAGCUGCAGCAGUUCAAGGACAGGAGCUGCUGCAAAGCACAAACGUGGACCUGUUGGCCUGAGGCUGGUAUGCUUUCAGAACAACUUUAAAGCAAAGAUAGUCUGAAAGAGGCUCUUCCUCUGAAAGAUGCACCCAGAUAUCUCCAUGGAUCACCCUUCAUUGUUGGAGAGGAUGCUGAGCUGAAGCAUCUCCUUUGGGGUUUGUGAGUUCAGAAAGGCUCUGGCACCUAUGCCUCUGCUGACAACUUGAACUGUCUGCGCUUGACAUUGUUUAGGAAAAUGCCAUCCCAGAUUCCCAGAGCCCUCUGGAUAAAGAUCUUCUCCCUCUCAAGCGGACCUGGGAGGUACGGUACCUCAAAGGCUGUGCCUCCAUGUCUCCCUGCAGGGACCAGAAAGAAAGGGCAAAGGUGGGUAGACUGAAAAGUGUUGUUCCUAGCCUACAACCCUGCUGCAGCACCAUCAGGCACUUCAGUAGCCUCAGAUCACAUAUACAGAUUUGCUUCCUAGACCUCCAGAAAGGAAAACAGCUCUCUGAGGUGGAGGUGGGUGAGAAGUGCUCAGAGAAGAGGAACUCUCUGCCUGCACUCAUCAUCUCCUGUGUGAACAUCGAGGAAUGUGGAGAGACAUCAUCAGGAAACAUCGUCUUGAGCAUGUAGAUGAUAACUGAAAUGGGAUAUGUGACAAGGUUUUCCAGGAGAACAUCGAAAGGCAUGUGUGGUGCUGUGAAAUGGGAGGUGGUGGUGUCAUGUGGAAGGGUUUCCCUUUCCCUCAAUAAAACAGGAAGACAGCCAGGUGGAAGGCAGCCCACAAAGCAGGAGGUGGCAAAUGAGGAUGAAAGGAAGGAGGCACUGGAUUAAAAGCACAAGUGUUGGUACCGUGCGUGUGCGUGGGGAGUGGUGUCACUGUGGCUUUUCCAGGAAGAUUCCUCAAAUGACCCAGAAACCUCUCUGAGCACAUCUUGAAAACCAUCUUCACUCAGGCCAUGAGAAACAAGGCUUUAGGCAUUCAAAAACACACUGAGGGGCUCACAGCUGAGGGAAAGUUAUGAGCAGUUGAAUCAUCCCCUGCUCAAAGAAUUCUGCGCUGGCAAGAACCUUAUUUAUUUGUUGAUUCAUUUAUGCUGGGAUUCAUCUCUGCCUCUUCCUCAUUUCAUCUUGGUUUUUAGCUUAGAUGACCUGACAUGUUCAUGAAGAAGGAGUAUUCUCCCCCCUCGUCCCAGAAUUGUAGAGCCUGGUGUUCACUGCUCAAUGUCGUAUGUUCUGUGCUCCCUGAGGUUUCCUCACAAUGGUGUCUUAAACUGGCAAAAGAAUCACAAUCUCAGCAAGGAGGGGAACAGAGCAAAGAGAAUUACAGUUCCUUACCAAAGAGAUGUGGGUGGCACUACAUUUCUGGCUCCUGAGCAAACAGAGGUAAAAACAUGUGCAAAGGAGUGCCUCACUCAACGGAUAGUCCCCAUGGGACCUUGAGAAGCCUCCAUGAAAGGUGCGCUUUGAAGGGUAUCUGAGAGAGGAAGGCAGUCCUCAAACAGGGAACAAACAGCUGCACAUCCCGCUAUAGGAGUCAGUCCUCAAAUGGGGAAUGAACAACUGCACAUCCUGCUAUAGGAGGGAGGCUAAAAUACAGGAGGGGACAAAGAGGAUGAGAUGCCUCCUGUCAGUGACAGUUGCAGGAGAGAGCGAGGAUCAGGCAGCUAACAGAGAAACAGAGACUGUGUUCAGUAGGGCUUAGGCUAGGGUCUUCCUAUGUGAGCACACCCUGCCAGCUAUCUCAGCAUGAAGAAAUACUGAAAGGGCUGUGAAAACCUAGGAAGGUCCUUGAAGAGGAAAGGUCUGGCAUACCAGCACUAGAUAGCAUGAAGGAGGCCUGGUGUCUGCAAAACACUUCUUAUUCUCCAUUUGUCAGAGCAUGGUGUCCAGGUCAUGCACUCCAGUGGACAUUGCCAACCCAUCCUACAACCAGAUAAGCAGGCUCAAUGCUUCCACCCAGCACUCAAGCAAAAUUAAGGCCCUUUGCUCAUGGUUUUGAGGGAAUAAAGGAGUUGAUCUUUGAUCCUCCAUUUUCUCCUCUGAGAUGGGCUGGGUUUCUGCCCAUAUGAACAGGAGAGAAUAUGGAGUUAAAUUCCCUGGUCUUUAAUCUUGUACACGUCCUACAUUGGGGUUUUGGCACUGACAGUGAAUGUUUGUACUAAGGAUCUAUUCCCAUUGCAAAAGAUACGCCCACACACAUGUUUCUUGAAGGUUGUUCUUUUGACAUCCCUACAAGAAAGCCAAACGACUAUUCCUGCCUUUCCCACUGCAGAUCUGGAUUCCUCUGAUGCACAUUAUGCUACCAGCUCAGUGCCAGUCAGACCAGCCCCAUCACACCAUCUCUGCUCUUUCCCCAGCCUAGCCCUGUGGUGGAGAGUUUCUAUGAAUCAAGAAAUUCUGUCAGUCACUAAACUGUGCAGGUCCAAGACCUUGUAUGGACAGUGUGGGUGUACACAGCCAAUAUUCCAGGCUAGCAGGCAUUUGGACUGGUUCAGCACCAGUACUCUCAUCCUGUAGAGCAGCUUAAGGACGGCAAGGAGUGCAGCUGGCCAAGGCGCAUCAACCAAGGGUAGCUGAGUAACAGACACCACCACUUAAGAAACCUGUUUGUUAGUAGAACACAGCUAGAGAGUCCAGGGGUGGAGCAGCAGUCAGCAGCUACAGGCUUCAGGGAAUGGGAACACAAUGAAGAAGGGAAGCUGCAAGCCAAGCCUCAAGUAUUUAGAAGAGGCAUCCCAGCACCUGGUUUUUACUAGCAUAUUAGUAUCUGAUAUUACUGUUCUCUCAGAUUCAUCCAGUUCACCAACCACUGAAUAUUACUAACAUUUCCUGUUGCAGAAAAUCCCAUUGACAAAGGAAAGGGAACAUCAAGAAAGUACUUUUUAAUGGUUAUUUAUUUCUAUUGAAUGGUACUAGAGCGUUACUAUUAAAUAUGAUGUGAAUAGUACAA